AGACUCUAGAAGACUAGAAGUCGAGAGACUCGUCUUCACAACCUGUCAACCCUAGUUAAAUAAUCAAGCACUGCAGCUUUGACAUACUUCCUCAGAGCCCAUAAUCACAGCAGCUGAAGAGUGGGGAUCACAAGUUUGCGUAGCUAGUUGGGGUUUCUUAUUUUGUUAAAAAGAUGGCAUUGGAAGAAAGUCUGGCCAAAUUCAAGAAGCAACAGGAGAAAUGUCAAUCAACCCUAGCCAGUAUCAACAACGCACGAGCAGGAUCAUUCAGAGCUGCUGCAUCAGCUCAUGAUAAACCUGUUCCUGUUGCAACUUCAGCUUCAAUUGCUGUCAAGGCUCCUGCAAUCAAAUUUUCGGAUGAUACACAGAGGCUUCAACAUAUCAAUAGUGUCCGGAAAUCCACAAUUGGGGCUCAAUUGAAACGUGUAGUUGAUCUUCUACGCGAGACAAGGGAAGCAUUUACCGCAGAACAAAUUAAUCAAGCAUGUUACGUGGAUGCAACUAACAAUAAGAAUGUCUUCGAUAGUUUGACAAGUAAUGAUAAAGUGUACUACGAUGGGAAGCGCUUCUCUUACAAGCCCAAGUAUGGCGUUAAAAACAAAGAAGAACUGCGCCAGUUCAUCCUUGAGUAUCCAGAAGGCAUUCGAAUUGGAGACUUAAGUGAUGCAUACCCAAGGGUCAUGGAAGACUUACAGGCUCUGAAGGCUUCUGGUGCUGUUUGGUUGCUAUCAAAUUCUGAUUCUCGAGAAGAUGUUGCAUACCCGAAUGAUCCCAAGAUAAACAUCAAAGUGGAUGAUGACUUAAAAUCACUGUUUAGAGAGAUUGAUCUUCCACAUGACAUGAUUGAUAUUGAGAAAUAUAUUGAGAAAAACAAGAUGAAGCCUGCAACCAACACUGCAAGGAGGAGGGCGAUGGCUCAGGUUCAAGGUAGUAACCCCAAGCCAAAGGCCAAGAAGAAAACACGCGAUAUUAGCAGGAGAACUAAGCUUACAAAUGCCCAUCUCCCAGAGCUUUUCCAGAAUCUUAAUGUUCCCUAAUCAUUUCAUGCGCGUAAAUCUUCACUGAAGUCUAACAUAGUUUGAGAAUUGUGGUUUGAGUUUCGGUUUACUAGGCACAUAAUCAUGUGCUGUGAACUGUUUUAUAUAUCUGGGAUUUCCAUUAAAAAAAAAGAGAAGUAGAAUAACGUCCUUUUGUAGCUGGGAUUUUAAUUAGGCGAUCAAUAUUGAAUUGUACCGGUACAAGCAGAUAAUAGAUGGCAGGUAGUAUCGGCUUCACAUUCAUAUUAGGGGAAUAGCAAAUUCAAUAGCAUCCACUGUUAUUACAGAUUUUUGGGGUUGCUCUCUUUAUGCCUUAUAAUGUCGGGUGUUUUCUUCUUGUCACUUGCAGCAUUCUCAGAACAGAAAUCCUCACUAAGCACUGUAACAAAAUAAUCUGUUUUUUUUAGUUCAUUGCAAAAAUAGAAGAUGAAUCCAUUUUAAGCACAACUCCAAUCACGGUCCAAUUGGUCAUCUAGUAUAUCCUGCCCACCCAUCGUCCUAAGGAUGGAUUCACUUAUUGUUUAAAGAAGCACUGCCAUAUAGUAUAUGAAACUUUUUCAAUUUAACAUUUUUUUUUUUAACUUUUUAUUCUUCUACUAGUGCAGCUUUGAAUGGUAGAUUAGAGGAGAAGAUUGAGAAGGGAAGUUGACAACAAACUACAAAAAACCAAAAUUAUGCAACGUGAACUUCAAAUUUGUUCUUUCAUCUUCUUGUAACUUGUUUAUCUGACAAAGAUGGAUCCCCCAUGGUCACCUACACCACUACCACGAUCCACUCUGUAUGCACCAAUUCCUACGCAGGAACUGCGCCACCAACGUUCUUAUUGCGGAUUCUUGCCUUUAUGCUUGUGGUGCUUUUGCUGCUGUGGUUUGUUUAGAAGCUGCCCACCAUUGUUUGACCGGCCAGCACACCCUACUCUUGUUUGAACCAGCUCAUUGUACUCCAAUUCAGGUUUCCUUUGUUGUUUGGGGUUGAUUUAUGCUUCUUUUUCACCAUAUUCUGUUCUGAAAAUUGUGUAAAAAUCUAUCUAUAAGCCUUACUUUAGUGGGAAUAUACUUUCUACAUGUUCUAAAAGAAUCACAGUAAAUGUACUCUAUUCUUUGUGUUGGUUGUAUCGGCUAGUCCGUGAUGGGAAUUGUACGUUUUUCCUUCUGUAAAAACCGAAUAAUCCGAUUUACUUGCGAAAGGGUACUAAUCUUCUCUA